AUGGAUCCCCAAUCCCAAGCUGUGCUUGAGCAUCUUCAACAUGUCCAGGAAUCACCCAUCCCGGUCAAUGCCAACCUCGUGGACUCCUACAUCCCGUCGAUCACCCCAUCCACGGUGUCCCCCGCAUACCUCCAGUCAUUCAUACCCGCCAUCAAUCAGGUGCUAUACUCCAAAGACUACGCCAGUGUAGACCCCGGCUCCUACGUGCUCCAGCUCUUACAGAGAAUCCUCUCGCUCUUGAGUUUCAGCCAGAUUUUGGACUACUAUCCUCCUGAGUUCAUCCUUGAAAGCAUCGCCUCCCCUGACAACGUCCAGGCUCUGAAACUCUGCCUCGAAAUCAUCCUGCUCAAGUACUCCGAAGCAGAGACCACCACCUUCUUGGUGAAAAACAACUUGUUACAUCUGCUCGUCCAACAGUACUUGACCAACAAGUCUUUAGACAUUGCCAUUGUCAGCCAGAUCGAGUCGUUGGUCCAAUCCAUCGUUUUGGACGAUACCCCCCUCAGAGCGAUCUUAGCAGAACCAGACUUCGACUUGCUCUAUAACCAGAUCAGGUUCAAGGACAUCGACACAACAUUAUUGGCUAGAUUGCUCGACUAUUUGUUGCUCUUGUUACCCUAUGUACCUGGGUUGAAUCCUCAGCUAUACAAUUUCACCUACGAAGAACUAGUUGACAUUGGAAACGAAGAUCCAUUGUUUUCUGUGAUAGUGGUUCUGUUUUACUUGAACGUGCUUAAGGAAAUCCUGAGAAACGAAUUAUCAAAGGUUUAUCAAACCAUCAAACCCACCUUGACAGAAUUGACCAAGUUGUACAAUUCCGAAGCUGAAGAUUUUACAAAAUCUGAAAUUAUCUCUGUGCUUGCACAAUUGUCAUAUAUGUACCCUAAGGAUGCAGCCGAGUUACUCGAGGGUUCCCAAAUCUUGAAAACCUACAACCUCAUAAAGGUAUACGAGUACCAUGAACUCGAUAUCAAGUUAUUGAGUACUCUAAACCCCGAAGUUAUCGUCAGAGUCAACGAAUCAAUCUAUGAUGAUGUGUUGGAUGGUUUAUCCCUAUUGAAUAAUAACAAAUACUUGAGCAUCCUUCUCAAUUUUAUCAAGUGCAAAUCCAUAUUUGAAAGAUUCACUUCUGUCUACUUCCAGAACGCAUUAUUGAGCAGAUUAUCCAUUGACAAGUUGCUCACUAUUAUUCUCGAGUUCUCGUUCCAUCCACAUUCGAAGUCUUACUUAUUCAACAAUCUUCCAAACAUCAUAAAUAAUGUUCUUAUUGAUGAGUCUGGAACGAGGUUUGGAAAUUGA